AUGGGUGGGGUCCAGAAUGCCCACAUCCUUAUGUUGAACUUGGAUAAGAGGAUGCCAUCACCAGCUUUACUUGUAAAGUUGCCUCUUGCUGCUGCUGCUGCUACUGCGGACUCUACUGUCUCUUCUCCCCCACACCCACCUAGCCCUGUGAUGAUCAUCAUCAUGGAUGGAAGAAGAGAUCCACUGGAAGCAGUUUCACCCUACUUCAUCCCAUCUGACCCGUCCUUCGACUCAUCCAUCCUCAAAACCGAGCUUAACAUCCCUUCUCAAUUCAUAUGGCCCGACCAUGAAAAGCCCGGUCCCGAUGCCCAAGAGCUCAUCGUCCCCCUAGUAGACAUAGGCGGUUUCCUUUCCGGAGAUCCCUCUGCAGCCGCUGAGGCCUCCCGUCUGGUCGGAGAAGCCUGUCUGAAACACGGGUUCUUCCUUGUGGUCAACCACGGGGUCGACUCAAGCCUCAUCUCCGAUGCCCACAAGUGCAUGGACACCUUCUUCGAGCUCCCCCUCGCCGACAAACAGCUUGCUCAGAGGAAGGUCGGUGAGCUCUGCGGUUAUGCAAGUAGUUUCACCGGAAGGUUUACUUCCAAGUUGCCCUGGAAGGAAACCCUCUAUCAUUACUCCGCCGAGGAUCCCGACUCCAAGGUUCAAAGCUAUUUCACUCAAACCAUGGGCGAAGGUUUCACCGACAUAGGAAGGGUUAAUGAAGAUUACUGCAAAGCAUGAGCAAUUCUUUCACUAGGAAUCAUGGAGCUGGGGAUGAGCCUUGGAGUAAACAGUCAUUUUAAGGAUUUCUUUGAAGGAAAUGAUUCCAUCAUGAGGCUCAACUAUUAUCCCCCAUAGAAACCCGAGCUCACUUUGGGCACUGGGACCCACUGCGAUCCGACAUCUCUCACAAUCCUCCAUCAAGAUUCCAUCGGAGGCCUCCAAGUUUUCGUGGACAAUUAAUGGUGUUCCAUCACCCCAAACCCUAACGCCUUUGUUGUCAAUGUAGGAGAUACUUUCAUGGCUUUGUCUAAUGGACGGUACAAGAGUUGCUUGCACCGAGCAGUUGUGAACAGCACCAUGCCUAGGAAAUCAUUGGCAUUUUUCCUAUGCCCUAGCAAGGACAAGGUGUUAAGCCGCCAACUAAUGGUGGACAAUAUGAACCCUAGAAUCUACCCUGACUUCACUGGCCAACCCUACUUCGAGUUCACCCAGAAACACUAUCGAGCCGACAUGCAUACUCUUGAGGCCUUCACCAACUGGAUUCGCCAGAAAACUGCUCAAGCUGCUUAAACCCCGACCACGACCGAAUCAAUAAAGUAUAAAAUGCCCGCUCUAUCUUUCCUAGCUUGUCUUAUGUCUUUUUUUCCUCCUAAAACUGAUCGAUCAUGGUAGAGUCACUUCAGGAGUUGUACGGAUAGAAUCUUAAUAUAGUGAUAGUGAUAGAGGUCAGUGCUGGCACGAAUAAUAGUUAUGUUAAUAUAAGAUCAUCUAAUUUUUAUAAUAUAGAGCUUAUCU